AUGGGUACAGAAAAGAAAAGGAGUGAAGAUAGUUUGGUAGAGAUGCAGAGAAAUGCGUUAUUGACAUUCGCUCAACAGGCACGUAUGUCAGAAAGCGACAGGUCGAUGGAGGGUAACAUAUGUUGCUCGCCUAAAUGCACUAAAGAAGCGAAACUACGAUGCCCUACUUGUAUUGAAUUGAAACUUUGCGAUUCUUGGGGAUUUCAUAAACUUAUUCAUCUGACGUGCAACAAAGUUUCUAACAGUUAUAAUCCAUGGCCUUAUUAUCGUUUUACUGGAUUGCUUCGUCCUGCACCAGUGACCAGCAAAAGAAUUGUUCCAGAAAAUAUCAUGAAGCCAGAUUAUGCAUUCCGAGCAGACGGCGUCUCGGAAUGUGAACGAUUAGCAAGAUUUAGCAAUGAAAUUAAGGUACUCAACGAUGAAGAAAUAGAUCAGAUGAGGGUAGCUUGUAAACUAGCUAGAGAAGUUCUAGACGAAGCAGCUCUUGUUUGUGAGCCUGGUAUGACUACCGACCUCAUUGAUUCUGUCGUUCAUGAAGCUUGUAUUGAACGAGAUUGCUAUCCUUCACCUUUAGGAUACCAUCAGUUUCCAAAAAGUGUUUGCACUUCAGUUAAUGAAGUUGUUUGCCAUGGAAUACCUGAUUUGCGAAAACUUGAAGACGGUGACAUUUGUAAUGUUGAUGUAACGGUUUACCAUCGUGGGUAUCACGGUGAUGUAAAUGAAACGUUCCUAAUCGGCAACAAAGUAAGUGAACAAACAAGGAAACUAGUGGCGGUUACCUACGAAUGCUUGCAACAAGCAAUAAACAUCGUUCGUCCGGGAGUGCGUUUUCGUGAGAUCGGCAAUGUAAUUCAGAAACAUGCAAAUGCUAAUGGUUUCUCUGUGGUAAAAACGUAUUGCGGACAUGGGAUUCACAGGCUUUUCCACACUAUUCCGAAUAUACCGCAUUACGCUAAAAACAAAACAGUGGGAGUUAUGAAAGCUGGAAAUACUUUUACCAUUGAACCCAUGAUCAACGCUGGUGUUCACAGUAAUGAACGUUGGCCAGAUAGCUGGACCGCUGUAACUAGUGAUGGAAAGCCGUCUGCACAGUUCGAACAGACUUUAUUAGUAACUAGUACAGGAUGUGAUGUGUUGACAGCUCGGAAGUCUGGCCGACCAUGGUUUAUGGAUCAGAUGGAAAAUAAUUACUCUAGACCAGAGUGA